AUUUGCCAGCCCACAGUCUAUGGCAGCCUUCAAUAGUGAUGACUUCCUAACUUCUGAUUAUUGAAGGUUUGGGCUUGGACAUGGCUGGGACAGUGCUAAUACGAUGUAUGAGCAGGACUUUACUAUCUGCAGCACAUGGGGCAAAAGGGUUCAGAACCAGAGGGACAAACCGGUUCUACUGGACAACAUUAGAAGGACCUCCAUGGCUCUGACUAAUGGGAGAGCUGCAUUCCUCCUGGGGCUCCCUACACUAUCUUGUCUGGGAUAUGAAGCUUAUCGCAGAGUACAGAGUUCAGCCGUGGUCUACGCUUUAGAAAAAGAGGAGGUUUUGGAACAGGCUGACUACCUGUACAGCUGUGCAGAGACAGAGAAGCUGUACCAGCUGCUGCUGCAGUACAAGGACAGCGAUGAAGCAGAGUUCCUGUGGAGGCUGGCUCGGGUGUCCCGGGACAUGGCUCUCCUGCCCGACAUGGAGGAAAAACGGAAGAAGGAACUGAUGUUUGAGGGCUUCGAAUAUGUGAAGAACGCACUCGAGAAGGAUGAGAAGUGUUCCGCCGCACACAAAUGGUACGCAAUAUGUCUCAGUGACAUUGGGGAUUACUCCGGAGUCAAGGUGAAAAUUGGAAAUGCUUACAUCAUCAGGGACCAUCUGGAGCAAGCCAUUGAGCUCAAUCCCAAAGAUGCCACUUCCUUGCAUAUUUUGGGUUACUGGUGCUUUGCUUUUGCUGAACUGCCUUGGUAUCAACGCAAGGUGGCAGCUGUCAUCUUUUCAUCACCGCCUGUGUCCACGUAUGAGGAGGCUCUGCAAUUCUUCCUGAAAGCAGAGGAAGUUGAUCCAAACUUCUACAGUAAAAACCUGCUAAUGCUCGGGAAGACAUACCUGGGCAUGAAGGACAAGGAGAAAGGGCUGCUCUUUCUAACCAGAGCUAAAGAGUACCCUGCUCACACACUGGAGGACAAAGAGGUGCAUAAAGAGGCAGUAGAACUCCUGAAGAAACUAGGAUGAAGCCUGCCUUUGGGGACUUUUGAACGGUUAAAUAUUGCUAGCUGCUUCUCUUUUUCUUCAGAUCUUUUGAUUAUUAAUAGAGUUUUGUGCCUUGUCAUUUAGACUUUGGUGCAAUCGAAAUUUCAACAUUGUCUGUUUAUUUUUUUAUGCCUGAAUUCCUUGAAUUAAACUUGUCAUUGACUAGUAGCUUCUUAGUGAGCACAUGCUGUUUGCCAGUGUUAUGCAUGAAAACCUAUAGGACACACUUCAGCAGUGGCUCAGCCAGUAGGGGCUUGGGCUGGGAAUCGUAGGGUCGCCGGUUCAAGUCCCCAAACAGACUUGAAAUAUGGAAAGUGGACUGCUACUUGGAGAGGUCCCAGUUCACCUUCAGCAAGGCACCGGACAUCUCCAAUCCCCCCCCUCCCCAUUGCUCCCCGGGCGCUGCACGUUAGCUGCCCACUGCUCCUAGUACUAGGAUGGGUUAAAUGCAGAGGACCAAUUUCACUGUGUGUGCUCUGCUGUGUGUAUGUAUGUGACUAAUAAAGAGGGUUUCAUCCUCCGAUUCUUCUUCAGGAAUGGGGAACCCCACAAUGCAUAAA